UGUGUGGGAUGUUUGCGGACGGCGUAAUUUUCUCGCUGACUGGAGACUCUCUCUUUCUGUUUGAAUGAAAAAGUCUCCCAUCCAGUCUGAGAAAAUGAAUAUGUAUGCUGUGCCCAGUCCGGGAAUACCAGGCUGUCCACCAGGAUUAGAGUACCUGACUACGGUGGAUCAGCUCCUCAUCAAACAGAAAGUCGAGCUCGUUGAAGCCCUCGUUGGCUUCGAAAGCAACAACAAGUAUGAAGUGCGUAACUCCAUGGGCCAGAACGUGUUCUACGCCGUCGAGGAGAACGACUGUCUGAGUCGACAGUGCUGUGGCCCCCUGCGCUCCUUCAACAUCCACGUCCUCGACAAUUUCGGCCAGGAGGUCAUCAGCGUCUCCAGACCGCUCAAGUGCAUGUCUUGCUUCUUCCCGUGUUGUUUACAAGAGCUAGAGGUGCAGGCUCCCCCCGGUAACACAGUGGGCUACGUGAUACAACAGUGGCACCCGUUCUCCCCCAAAUUUAUUGUCACGAACGAACACAGCGAGCCUGUGCUGAAGAUCCAUGGGCCCUUCUGCGGAUGGAGCUGCCUUCCAGAUGUUGACUUUGAGAUUUUGACGAUGGAUGAAGUGAGUAAGAUUGGGAAAAUCAGUAAGCAGUGGACGGGACUACUUCGGGAAGCGUUCACAGAUUCAGACAACUUUGGCAUCCAGUUUCCCAUGGACCUUGAUGUGAGAAUGAAGGCUGUGAUGAUCGGUGCAUGCUUUCUUAUCGACUUCAUGUUCUUUGAGUCAACUAACUAGGAGCCAACUGGAUUUCCAUGAGACAUUUACUGGAAGAACAAGGCCACAAAGCCAUGAUGAUCAAAUGCCCUAACAAAGAACAACCUUCAAAUACAUAGUUUAAAGAAAGUACUUAGUACAUAAAUGUUAUAACUUUGCAUGAUCAUUGAACUAGAAGGUUUGUUUUAGUCUUAGCUGCUCAGGUUGGUUUUAAGGUUACGUUACUAGGCCGUGAGUGCACGAUGCAGUUUUGAUUUUUGUUUUUCUUAGACAGUAUUUGUGAGGACGUCUGUGUGCGCGCGCGUAUGUGUGUGUGUGUGUGUUUAUAUUAUGGUCAACGAGUCCAUCUGGACCCCAAGCCUUUGUGCGUUACUAGAUCUCUUGUAGGUCAGACAUUCCAUGCCCUUAUUUAUUAAGUUAUGUUUAUGUUUGUUCACAGUAUAAAUUAGAACAAUGUGUGUGUGCGCUGCUUUGUGCGUGUGUUGCUAUGCGUGCAGCUGUGUGUGUUUUAAGUGAAAGAUAAAUUAUAAUGCAGGAUAUAAAGUAUUUAUAUUUUCGAUGCCACAAAUAAUUGCAAAAUUGUUGACUCUGUAGGGGUUGUUUUUGGGGGAUAGAAUGGUUUAUAGCUGCUGUUCCAGUCUUGUUCAGCAGAGGGAGCUAGAUAUCCAUUAACCCAAUAACCCACCACACAGUCCCAAUGAACAAUGUCAGUAUCUGCUUAUCAUGUCAUUGUCAUAAGACUCAAAUAUUAGUGUCAGACGACAUUGUAUAUUUUUGGGCAAUCUCAGGUUGAAAUGCAUGCUUCUGUAUUAUAGUGUUGGCUACUGCAGGUUCUGGGAAAAAUGAAAUCGUCUUAAAAUCCGCUUCACUUUGCGUAAAUCUCCUAUUAUAUCAACUUCAGUCGUCAUCUUUAAAUCCCCUUUAACAUUACAGAUGGGGAGGCUUUGUAUGAGAUCUCAAAAGUUUUCAAAAAAUGAUGUAAAAGUUUCCAUCAAAUGGUCACUGAGACUUCUCCUCAAUGCUACGCCAGUAAGCAUUUGUGUGGAGUCACGAUGACUGACUACUGAUUUCACUCUACAAACCUGAAAAAAAGUGUCGACGUUAAGCCAUUUUUUUUUUACAAAUUAAGUCUUAAAAGCUUGACGGCUUUUAUUUUUGUAAAACCUACUAUAUACUGCCAGUUGGAAGAGCUAAUGUUGCUAGUGUCGAGUGCAAACUUCUUGCGUAGACUGUGUUGUUUUCUGCCUUCGGUGUGUUGAAAGUUGUUUGUAUAUUCGUCAUAAGUGGGUUUAUCUCACUCUUUAUAAACAGUGUUCUUUUCAAAUCUUGAUUUUAAGACUGACAACGCAGCAAAUUGCUUAAGAUGGAUGUUUUUUGGAGUUUUGGUUUGGUUAUACAAUUUGUUGAGAGUAGUUAAAGUAAAUUUAACUGGCAUUCUUAGCAGUAGGAUUAGCCCAUCUUGUUUCAUAGAACUUAGUAAUAGUAUAAGAUGCUGGUGCUACAUCCUCUGAAGGUUAUUUUUUUAUUAGUAUUAUUAUUUUUAAGUUGAAAUCGGAAUGUGACACAAAGGGAAUGUUGCUACUCCCGGACGGUUAUUAACACAAACAGCUCAUGUCCUUAUUCUUCUACUUUUGCACUAAUACUGUGAACUAACAAGCCGUUUAGUCAUGCAAUGGGUCAGUGCUGAGCUAAGCUUAACUUGUGCAAACAGUCCAUGGAAACACUACAAUAAAAAACAUUUAAAUAAAAAUGAA